AUGACGAAUGGAGGAGGCCGAGGAGGGAGACUACGGUCGAGGGAUCGCGGACAUGCUGAGCGAGGGCCUACGCGGACGGAAGUCGAAGAUUUUAAAAAACCUAAUCUUCCUACUUUGAAGGGUGCGCCCAGUGCAAGACGCCAAUAUGCGUAUGGCGCCGCGACUGAACCUUCUGCCCCUCGACGCCUCAGCAGUGACGGCAUGCCACUGAGCCUCGAGGAAGCGAUGAACGAUGUUCUUCAGAGACAAGAACUUCAGGAGGCCGAGGAAGAGAGAGAGCUGCGGCGACUUCACUCCAAUUCACAAACGGCUCAUCGAUAUGAUCUCACAAGGGAACCUACUUCAAGCGACCAUGAUUCAGAAUUGGGCUCAGACGAUGAGACGAAUCAACAGCCGCAUUCAUCAAAGUUGGCGAGAACAGAUGCCACUGCAAAACUGGCCUUCGACAGAUCGUUCCACCAAGAUGAAGAUGGAGAGGUAACCGAAGGAGACGAUGAGGACGGAGAACUCACUCCCACCGAAAGCGACGACUCUGACUUGCGCAGCUUCGACGCUGAAGGCGAUUAUUUUGGUAACGCCUCAUUAAGACUUUCACCGAUGCCGCAACUAAAACCAGCCCACCAACCUGUUCCGCUAAAUAGAAAGGCAAAUCACCGCCGGCCACUGGUUUCGUCUCUGGGGACAACACAAGACCAGUAUGAUCGGACCACCCCAGAUCGAGUCAAUCCGACUCCAAACAGAGCUUGGAGCGCUGUCAAGAGCCUUUUAGGGGGAAGGAUUCUUGGGCCUGUCAGUCCUCCCGAGUCUGACUCUCAAUUAAGCCAGACGGCUGGCACGAGUAGACCAACCGAACAGAAUCAAGCGAGGACACGCGUUCAGAAACCACCCGCCACUACAAAUGGAGCAAGUCAAUCGCAGGACAAAGAUCAACGGGCGGUUCUUACUCGAAGAAAUGUCGGCAGCUCUGCUCCUUUUCCUCCAACCAUCGCUGCCAGGCAACCUCGCUCUCGCUUUGCAUCGGAUCACAGCGAAUUGGAUGAUGCCGUGCAGAAUAACAUCCGAGAGGCGGAAAGUUACGCUCUGCAUAUGCGUCAAGGCACCUUGCGACGAAUCCUCGCGUCUCUAUUUCCCUGGGGCUUUAGGCUACAAUUUCCACCCAGAGACACACAAUACAGAGACGGAGACAAUGAUUCUACCACAUCCUCCGAUAUUGGCUCUGACUUUGAUUCAGAAGUCGAUUCCGCAGCCACCGACGAUUCCAUAAACUGGCAGCAGCUGUUUAAUCCACUCACAUAUUUACGGGCCAUCUACUGGGUGUUCAGCUCCAUGAUAGACAGCAUCACCAGCUUUGUCUCUGAAUUUUCCUCUGGCUUUUUCUCAGAGACUGUCCGGCGGCGGCUCUCGGUUAUUGGCGAGGCGAUAGUAUACACCGUCAGUGGCUUUUCCAUCCUUAUGCUGGCCGUUGUCCUAUCCAGCAUUGCCAUUGCCAAUUUACCAAGCUUGGAUGAGCUACCUGUUAUUUCUGUUCCAUCAGUGUCAAUACCAACGCCACCUGGCUUUGGAGACCUUGCUUCUCGAAUUGGAAACUUCAUUCCGUCCAUUUCCUGGCCUUCACGAAGCGCGUGGGAUGAGUUUCCAGAACUGGAUGACCUGCGAGGUGACAAGUAUGCUGAAUUUGAGGGUCUAAUCAACCAGGUAUUACGAGAUCUCCGCCUGAUGAAGGGUGCUGGGAAGCUUCACGAGUCAUCAAUCGAGAAGCUAAACACAGUCGUCCCCAAGAUGGUACACAUGACGCUCAAGGACGGAAAACCAGUCAUUACACAAGAGUUUUGGCAUGCCAUGCGAGAUUUGAUUGAGAAAGACGGCAGCUUCCCGAUGCUAAACAAGAAGGGCAAUAAUUACGAACCAUCAACGGAGAAGCAAUGGAAGGACAUUGCCGCGUGGGUGGCAGGACGUCCUGAAAUCGCCUCCAAAAUCACUGAAGGGAACGACGCGAUUGCCAAAAAGCUACCGCACAUGUGGGAAGCAUGGGCAGGUGAUAAUCAGCGCAGAGUUGAGCAAACACUCCGUCCCAUCCUUGACAAGAUGAAAAUCACCGGAUCUCUCUCGGAUAAAGAUCUUGAUAAGCGCCUUGAUCAGAUAAUCAAGAAGCAUGUUGAGAGCACCAAAAGCGAUAGCACUGUCGUCACUCGCGAAUAUUUCCUGCAGUACUUGAAGAACGAGUUUGCUGCUCACUGGUCUGAGAUGAAGGCCGAAAUCAACGAGCUGCAACCCAGACUAGAACAGCAGAUACGUGACUCUCUCGAGCUGGCCAAGAAGGAUGAUUCUUCGAGCCUAACGCGCACAGAAGUUACCAAACUUGUUGACAGAUCAAUACGUAACGCUAUUGCUGAUCUCAACCUGGAGGCUAUGGCCAAGGGCCAGAUUCGUGCGCACUGGGAUACCGAUCUAAAGAACCAAGUCAACUACUUUGGAGUCGGCGCAGGAGCUAUUGUGGACGUCAAACAGACAUCUACAACAUUCAAGCCAGACGCGAAAUAUCUCAACGACAAGGGUCUCAAGGGUGCCCAACCAUAUCCACCUAUAGAAGCUCUGCUCCCUUGGCAUGACGACGGUGAUUGCUGGUGUGCUGCGCGCGAGGUCAACAAGCGCGGUAACCCACAUGGUGCUAAGCUGAGCGUCCUCAUGGGUCAUUCCAUCAUCCCUCAGCACCUUGUGAUUGAACACAUCUUGCCCGGCGCGACGACGAACCCCGGAGCCCGACCUCGCCAAAUCGAAGUAUACAUUAAGAUUGAGGACAGAGCUGUGCGAGAGCGCCUCCUGGACUUUGCGGCGGCACAUUACCCCGAAGAUCAAUUCGACUGGAACUAUACGCCGGCUGAUUUGCCUUUUCAGUUUGUGAAAGUCUCGCAAUUUGUAUACGAGGGCGCAGAGUUGCAUGAUGGCGUCCAUGUCCAUCGCCUCAGCAGCGAACUCGUCGCUCUUAACGCGGAGACGGACCAAGUGAUUGUUCGGGCCGUGAGCAAUUACGGUGCUCCGAAUCACACGUGUUUCUACCGCAUUCGUCUCUACGGGUACAAAGAAGAUGAUAUAUAA